AUGGUGAUGGUGAUCAUGACAUCAUCGAUGAUAGAAAUUGGAGUUGGCGAGGUAGUGGUAACCAAAGACAACCCUGACAAUGGUCACACCUAUGUGCUAUACAAUGCCAACGAGUCAUGGCAUACUGCCUACAACGAUGCAAUAUUACAAGGAUAUUAUCUCACUACUAUUACAACAUUCAGUGAGUAUAACUUCAUUAUUACGGAGUUAUUCAACUUGCAACCAGGAUACUAUGCAUGGAUUGGUGGUAACACAACAUCCAUAAGUGGUCAGGAUGUAAGGACAGUGUAUCAAUGGGCCAAUGGACCAGAGUUUGGUAUACCCAUCUACGACUUUGACAAGUCACGUUGUCUUGGAUUCUGUAACUUUAACAUUGAUCAGCCUGAUCACAACAAACAAAACAAUCUCUAUUUCUGGAACAACCUGGCAUGGGAUGAUCACGCCGAUGGUGCAUCAGUGAAUGGAUACAUAAUGGAGAAGGGUGGUGAAGAUGAUCCUGUAAUUUAUCCAUUCGAUAUGCAACCAAGUGUUCUGACCAUUGGCAAUCUGGACAAAACGCUAUGGAACACAUCCAAUGUCAGUGUAACCUUUACCAACAGUUUGGCCGAGCGUCCCUCCUUUGACUGUCCUAUUCUCUCCUGGUCUCCAUCACAAAUUACUUGCCAAACUCAAUUCACCGUCGGGGAGUAUGACAUCACAGUCACAGAUGGCACUCAAUCAUUCAUCCAUAAGAAGUUUCAUCCAAAUUUACCAUUUAUAACAACUAUUUAUCCUGGAUUCGAUGUCAACUCUACGAUGACAAUCAAUGGACAGAACUUUGGUGAUAACAUUACACUUAUAGAGGCUGUCAUAGUUUCUGAGUUCAACAUUGAGUGUAUCCCAAUUCAAUAUCUUGUCAUUGACCGAUCAUUCACAUGUCGUAUGACUGAUUCCUUUGACAAACAAUCAUCAUACAGAUAUGCCCAAAUCUCCAUCACAGUCGGUGGAGUACCAAUGAACAAUAUUGGUAGAUUUGGAGUUUAUGAUAGCUCUACCAAUGGAAUGUUAGUAUUCACGGGCUCAACAUAUCCCAACGUAUUCAACUUUAGUGUUGAGGGUUAUGAGACUUACCUUUAUGCUCCUUUGAUCAAGGAAUCAAUCGAUCUCAUUCACAUCAUGGUCAAGAAUAGUAUUUACUAUCCUACAAUCCAAUUGAAUAGUGCCUAUUAUUUCCGUGAUGGUCCACUCAAAGGUCAAAAAAUCAUCGAUAGUAAUGGACCCAACAAUGCUAUAUUCAGCAACACCUCUAUCAUAUUUGACUCCUCAGUAUCAUUCUAUAUGUCAGAUGAGAAUAUGACCAUUUACCUUGAUACAAGCACUGGAACAUUGAGAUCUGGAUAUGAUGUAGCUGAAUAUAGUGUUGGAUUCAUCAACUUGACAAAACCAGAUCCAGUAUUCCUCAACUCAUCACAUACUCAAUUACCAACAUCAGGUGGUCAGCUUGUUCUCCAAGUGGAUAACAUACAACUGUUGAGUAGUAGUUAUAUGUUGAUGAAGGAGGGCGGCAUCCAGGUGGACUGCUCAAUCAUACCAAUCAUAGAGAACUCAUCAUUGGUGAUCAAUGUACACAGUGGAUAUGGAUCAUCAAAGCCACUCAUUCUGGCAAUCAAUGGACAGACGACCACACAAUCAACCACAACCAACAACGCCAACUACUUGUCAUUCAAACCUCCAACCUUGAGUUCCGUCAACAUCACUUCGACAACAUUGUUCACUGAUGGUGUCGGAAUGAUUACAUUGUUUGGUGAUCAAUUCGGUCGAGUGCCAGAGAUAAUCAAACUCAACAUUGUUAAUGAUCAAGGUGUCAUUGUGAAGACGAUAUCAUCACCAUCACAGUUGUCAUUCAUCCAAGAUCAUCGUAUUAUCCAGUUGCAAUAUCCCUCCCAAUCUGGUCACGGAUCAAACAAUAUCUCCAUAACAGUUGAUGAUCAGACUUCCAACAUUAUCAAGUUCACUCCACCACCAACCAUCACAAUCCAAUCAUCAACAUCAUAUGAAUAUCAAACACCCGGUACCAUCACCAUCAAGGGUACACUACUAUAUCAGCCAUUGAGGGUGGUGACCAUUGGUGGUGCGUCAUGUGCCAAUGCCACUCUUCUGGAUUCAGAGAGAAUCACAUGUCAGUAUGAUGGAUCCGCGCCGCCACAGUCCAACAGUCUGGGUUUGCCCAUCACAGUCCAAUGUGGUCAAUCAAUAACAACUGCCUACAAAUAUGUAUAUGUCAACAACUCACAAUGUGGACCACAACCUUAUUGCUCUGGCAAUGGACAUUGUGAAGAUGGAUCAUGUUUCUGUUCGGAUGGAUUCAGUGGUAGUCUGUGCGAGCAUGAUAACACAGUACCAAGCAAUCAUACACCAUCUAUCAACACUGGCAAUAGUACAAUUGAUAACUUCUCAGUCUUCUUUACACAUAUCAGAGAGAUUGAUGGUGCGUCUGGCAACCCAGAGAUCACAUACCCCGUGUCCAGUGUCAUUUGGAACGUCACCCGAAACACAUCAUCAACCUUGGAGACUAUUGGAAUGAUUCCAGAUGUGUCUGGAUUCAAGAUCAAUGUCACUUCAAUCAUCUUUGAGGCGGACACCAACUAUACAUUCGCCGGCCAGGUGUUGUUCAUGCAGAGGAACAGCUUCAAGUACCAGAUUGAGAUGGAGGGUUGGCCUUUCAGGAGCAAGAACAACUACCUUCAGUUGGUGUAUGAGCUCCAGAAUCCCAAGGACACCAAGUGCUCUCAAUCUCAGAGCACAUACAAUGAUGCCAACAAUCUACUUUGGAUCCAGAUCAAGUUUGCAAAUCAAUUAUUCCUGGUCAAGUUCUCGAGCAGGAUGUUGGUGGACAAUCGAAUCACAGCCAGCCAAGCAAAGAUACUUGGAAAUGAUGAUACUAUAUUCCAACAACCAUACUACAAGGAUUUGGGUGACUCAUCCAGGUUGUUGGUGGCGAUGGUGAUGCCAUACUUUGGACAGACGACAAUCGAUCCAAACUUCUCUUUACUUAUUGAUAAGUCGGCUCAAGGUGAUUCAGACUCUUGUGGAUCAUCAUUUAAAUGGUGGUGGAUAGUCGUGGCGGCAGGAUGCACAAUAGUACUUGCGGCCAUUGUUUGUGGUAUCAUAUAUCAUAACAAGAAGAAACGCGACUUCAGGAAGAGGACAAGUAUGUCACUAUCUAAACUCAAUAAUUAA